AUGGCGUUCGGGCUCCUGCGAUGGCUUUUCGCCGCCGUGGUCGCUGUGCUGCGGUUCGCGUUUCGCGGCGGCUGCAGCGACCCCUCGAACGUGCGAGCGGAAGGCCAGCUGUCGGCGUCCACUGAGGAGCCCGACGUCGAGGAUCUAAAAAGACUCAACAGGCACCACAAGAGAGCCCUGCACUACCUGCGAUAUGCCAUCGCCUACGAUGAGGAGAAUGGCGAUCUCAAGAAAUUGGCCAUCGGGCUCUACCGUAACGGUAGUGAGCAGCUCCAGAAGGGUAUUGCUAUCGACUUCUCCCAAGGACAAGGUCCUACAUGGGAGUGGGCCAAUACCCUGAAGGAGAAAAUGAUGGCCAACCUUGAGAUCGCCAAGGACAGGCUCGAAUUUCUAGAAGAUAUGGUGCGGAUAGAGCACCUCAGCGAUGAGGUGCCCUCGCAUGCGGGCUUGGCCCGGCGCCCGGCCAAACCGAAGCGGCGUCAGUGGCAGGUGGUCACCCCGAAAGCCGCAGAGCCGAUCAGUGACGGCCCCUCGUGGCUGAAAAGGCCCAUGAACGGCGUCGGGAUGGCCACCCAGCUGUUCCCAGAUCUGAGGGUACCAGCCAAGCGCCUGUUGCUCACUGGGCCAACAGGCAAUGGCAAGCAGAUUCUGGCCAAGGCAGUGGCCCACGAGUCUCACUGCACGUGCCUCAACAUCGCUCCACACAAGGAGUGA